GCCGCUGCAGCGCGCACGCGCGGGGCGGGCAGCUCGUGAACGCGCUCUGGUGCUGAUGAGAGUCGCUUCGCUUCAUCUGCGCAGGACUCCGGAACAAUCCACGAUGCGUCUGAUGGGCGUGACGCUGCUGUCUCUGCUGGCUCUGGAGUCUCUGGCCGUCAGCGGCGUGGGCCCCAGCAACUCGUCCAGCAGCUUCUGCAGCGAGUCCAGAGAAUGUCUUCAGUUCGAUCUGAUCUGCCGGACGGACGAGUACGAGGUUCGUCAUUAUUCGGCCACGCGGUGGGUCUCUACAGACGCUGAGGCGUAUUUUCUCGGCGUCGGAGCCGCAAUGGCCUUCAGACGCCUCUAUCACUAUAUAUCUGGAGCCAAUGAAGAGGGUGUCAGGUUUGAGAUGACGGCUCCGGUGCUUGUUGAAGUCCCAGAGGAAGUGAGGAUGUGGGAACCGGCCAUUUACACGCUCAGCUUCCUGCUGCCAUCAGCCUAUCAGGAGCGUCCGCCCACUCCCACCAACGACAAGCUGUAUUUCUCUGACAUGCCUGACGUGGAUGUGUAUGUGAGGAGUUACGGCGGCUGGAUGCUGUCAAUCACCUCCCGACUCCACGCCCACCUGCUGAGCAGAGCACUGCUGAGGGCCCACGCCCACUUUAACCACACCCACCACUACGCUGUGGGCUACGACAGUCCUCUGAAGCUGUUGAACAGACAUAAUGAGGUGUGGUACGUGGUGGAGGGGGAUCCAGUCUGCGGACAGGAACACACACCGCUCCCGACUGGCGCACACUGAACGGGUCUCACAGGAAGCAGAUGAUCGUUCUCUGUAUGGACAUCGUCUUCAUUCUACACACAGCAGCCUGAAUGUCCGGCUAUAACAAACACACACAGAACGACUGUAGCGCUCCUCCUCCUCUCGCUCUCAGACACAGUAUUUCAGUGCAGUAAUCCGCUCCAUUCAGCAGAUCUGUGUGUGUGUGUGUGUGUGUUUAGAGCUGAUGAAUGCUCUCUGCUCAUCGAUGGCUAA